AGAGCGGAGUUGAUAGCAAUGAAAGGUGCCCCACGCGAGAAGAUAGUGCUUGAGAUUCCGCUGUCCGGUCGGACAUACACCGCGGUGGUCGAACCCUCUGGACUCCACACCGUAUUCCCGGGCCACUCAGGACCCUACACCAAGCUUCAGGGAUUCCUCGCAUUUUUUGAGGUGUGCAGUCAUAUCAAGAGCGGCUGGACACGAGAGCGCUUCGGCGAGGAGGCCUGCUCGUUCCUCAAGCUCGCUGACCAGUACGUGGCCUAUGAAGAUGACGAAAGCAUAAGCCGCAAGGCCAGAAUGGUGAUGGGACGGCAGUAUCGCGGAGGAGCGCUCAGGUCUGUGGACCUCGGCGACUACAAGGGUGAAUGCAAGGAAAAGUCGUACCUCUUGAAGGCUCUUCGUUCAACUUUAGACAUCACCGGCUAUUACGUGCACUUCUACUACUCCCCACCGAACACCACGUGGUGGAAGGAGAUAGAGGUAAAAUAUGGCACUACUGAACUCCCAUCAGAUUCAACGCCCAGUGCCGAGCCGAAUACGACGCUAUUACAUACCGGCAACAAAACGCACGGCCAGCCACUAAACGCAUCUGCGACCAAGGAAUCACACUGGCAUACUCCUUUCGUCCCAUUUGUUCCGGCCUGA